GUCCGCAGCAGAGGAAACCACUGGAGCAGCAUAGGAGUCAUACCAAGCAUAGCCUGCGUGUCAGUGCAGUCGACUUACAGCUGGCUGUGAGGACAACUGACGCUACUCUUUUUUUUUGUGAUCUUUCUCACCGCGAUACAUUCAUUAAUAUCUCCUAAAAGUAUCCUAAAGUUAUCCAAAAUAACUGUGGCUAUCCGGUUAAGACCCUAACUAGUCGGCGGGUUUUUCUAGAAAACUAAAGUUGGAGGCUGGGCCUUUAGCUUUCUGACCGUCGCUUCAAAGAGAAAAAAAAAGCUGGUCUUUUUUGUUGCUUAAAGUCGAUAAAUGCUACUCACGAAAAUGGACCUGUUGAACUACCAGUACCUGGACAAAAUGAACAACAACAUUGGCAUUCUCUGCUACGAAGGUGAAGCAGCUUUGAGGGGAGAUCCCAGACUCCAGUCCCUUUCCCUAUCCUCGUCUUCCUCCUCCUCAUCCUCCUCUUCGUCAUCCUCCUCAUCUUCAUCUUCCAUCUCCAGUCACAGGACAGGUCCCCCUCCCAUCAGCCCCACCAAGAGGAAACUGAGCGGAGACCAAGGGGACAGCGACAUGGACGACAACGAGCAUGUGGCAAAGAUGAGCCGACUGUUUGCUGCACAGCUGAAACCUAAUGGAGAUUAUCGGAGCUCCUCAGUCUCUAAGGACCGUAGUCGGAGCCCCAUUGAGCGUGUGGUGAUGCCCAGCGCUCUGGGAGUCCACAGCAACCAUCUGUACAGCCACGCCCACCACCACCAUCACCUGGCCAGCCUAGCAAGCAUGGACCAGCCCCUGGCACUCACCAAAAACACCAUGGUGGAUUCUGCACGAAGCAGCACAGCAGCAAUGGUCACAGUGCCGCACACAGUCAGCGCCGUGGAACGCCAGCAGAAUCGUCCCUCAGUGAUCACAUGUGCCCCAGCAAACAACCGCAACUGCAACCUAUCUCACUGUCCAGUCUCCCACAACGGCUGCUCGAGCCUCGCCAACAACUACAGGAGAAUUAACACCAACACAGCCUGCGACCCGGUGAUCGAGGAGCACUUCCGCCGCAGCCUCGGGAAGAACUACAAGGAGCCCGAACCCCCUGCCACCAACUCCGUGUCCAUUACAGGCUCGGUUGAUGACCACUUUGCCAAGGCGCUGGGCGAGACCUGGCUGCAGAUCAAGAACAAGGGGAGUCCCUCAUCGUCCGGCAGCAGCCCAAACUCCUCCCCCGACAGUCACAUGGUCAAUCACAACCACUCCCCUUCUGUGGUCUCCUGAAGGGAGGGUGGGGUUUACAAGGGAUCAGCCCCCUGUUUUCACCCAACCAUCCCAGCUCUGGCACCCACGCCUCGUCACUUUGGUCUGUCACCAGCAUCCCAGUGGGAAUGCCUUCCUGCUGGUCUGCUUCAUCACAAACGCUUCAAACCUGCUCUCUCUCUCUCUCUACGUACUCAUAGAGGAGGAUCAAUCAAGCAAUAACAACAUGGUUGUUUUCCCCCCUUCUAUCCUUGGCAUGUUAAUAACAGACAACAUUAAGUAAUGAAUAAUGAGGGUUCGACUUUGGGACUGACGGGAGCAUCAGGUUGCUCCUUCCAAAUCAUUCAUCAUCCCCGCUUGGAGCUGAGCAAGAGUCUGUAGUUAUGUACAUAAUGAGACAGAUCCGGUGGUGUUUUAAUUAAUUGUCUUUUUUUUUUUUUCUGUUUUCUUGUUUGUUUCUUUAUCGGUAGGUUUGUGUACUGCUUCUGUAUCAUGAGAUGCCCGAUGUUUGAAAGAAAAGAUAAGAGAGAAACACUUUGGAGAUUAAGCAAAUUAUCACAAGUCACCUGACUGUGCUACCAAAGAAACCUCAAACACUGGUGUUUAUCUGUGCCCACGUUAAGAGCAAAACAACACAAAGCCAUCUUUGAAUCGCAUCCCUCUGCUUUCUCAUGUAUCACACCUUACCCUCCACCCAGCUUCACCUCCCGCCCCCUCCCUCCCUCUCUCACUCUCUCUCUCUCCUGUGUAUGUGUUCUGCUGGUUCUGUUACUGUAUGUGUGUUCUUUUGUGAUCGGCUAGGUCUGAUUUGCACUACUGCCAUAGAGGGUAAAGGAUGGCACGCUAAUAUUGUAAUCUGGCACCACACACUGGAACGAAUGCCACUGAUGUUGAGACAAACCCAUAAUAUCCGAUGUUUGUUGGAACCUUUGUUUGACUGGAUUCUAUUCACUCUGACCAUAAUUCCAUCCUGGCCUAGACAGAAAAAGACCAGUCUUGUUAUUGCAUAUUCUGUAACUGCAUUUCUGACAAAUGCAAAACAUAGUGGUGGAGCUGGACAGGAUAAUAAGGUACACACAGGUUAAUUCUCCUGACAGUGCCCUUGACCAAGGUAGAGAUGAAAUCUGAGUGCUUUUAAUGGCAGCUCACUACCCUUAAUGUGUGCUAAUGCUAAUAUUAAUCUAGUGAUAAUGCUAGGUUGUGUGUAUUAGGAUGGGUAAAAUGCAGAGACUGAAUUAACCUUUAAUCUCAAUAUAUAAAGAUAAAGUUGAGAAACUAAGAAAAAAGGCAAGUUUUAUGCUCAGACGACAGAAACAAAGAUGUUGAUUGCAAUAAAUUUUGUUACCAGAGGUAUAUUUUGGAAAGCCACUUUCAUUUUGACUAAGAAAAGUCAAGAAGUUCAAUCAAGUAGGUCAAGUAACAUUGUAAUUGAAGAUAAAUACCAUCAGUUUAUAACUAUACACAAAGUGGCUUUGACUGUUAAUGUGUCGCACUGUUCCUAUGAGGUCACUGCAAUGGAAAGUGUACGGAAGUCGUAGCCAGGACUCAUUUCUUUAUCACUUUAUAACAGCUUUUUGAUGUUCCAAAUGUGCUUAAAGAUAAUAUUACAUUCUAUAAAAACUACACAAGGACAAAUAUUAACAUUUAUACAAAUGCGAGGUGUAUGUAUAAUUGAAAGUACUUUAUACUGUCCAGCUCUACAUGUGUUUUAUAUCCACAUGAAAAAUGAAACAGUGUUGAUCACUUUCGCUGGAAAUGAAAGAACCAAAGCACAGUCAGGUUAUUAAAUCAUCCAGUGGUGGUGUUCAUGGCCAUCACAGUAGUCAGAAGAGGAGAUUCAGACUGAAAACACAAGUUGUAAAUCCUGUAGUGUGUUGAAGAUUGGGCUUUUGCUCAACGGUGUCUUUUUGAAGUGUUCCAGAGGGGCUUAACUGCUGACAUUGAUGAGGGGAUGGAUGACACCGCAUGUCACUUUGUGGUUUGGGAAAAAAAAGCCUGGUUUCUGGACUGGGGGGAGAGAGGAUUCUUCAGAUCUCUUCAAACAUGCCUUUGUUUUUGUUACUCUUUGAACACGGGUGUUGUAAUUAUGUUUGGCUCACACCCUGCUCUCCUUCCCUCUCUCCUACACACUGUGGUUUGCAGAUUUCUACAGAGUUUGAAGGGUAAACUAAUGCUUUUACAGAUGCAUGUUUUUGUUUUGUUUUUAAUAGCUGGUAUCUAUUAGUGUUUUUAAGCAUUUCAAUCUUAACUAUUAGCCUUUUCAUUUGGACGUUAGUUGUUACUUCUUUUGUUGUCAGUAACAGACAUAGACACUAUACACUCACUGCUGGGUCAGUUGUACUCCAUAUUAUUAUUGUUAUUGUUAUUACCAUUUUGUAUGUUGUUUUCCAUUAAUAUCAGUAUGGUAACAAACAUCUGUAGUGGGACAGCCUCCGGACAGGCUCUGUUUAAUGAUGAGCUGCAUUUCUCAAAACCAGCAUGAUGAUCAUCCAAUCCUGAUUGGGUUGAGUUGGCUUUGGGAGAGGCAGCCUGUAAAGGUUUUCUUUAAGAUGUUGAUCCAUCAGUGGUACAGGAUGCUACAGCCUUCAGCCUGACUGAGCUGAGACACCAAGUUGGCACAAUGAGUCAGCGGAACUUCGUUUACCAGAAUUUCAGAAACCGAUUCUGGAUGAUAUGGUUAAAAAAAAACAAAACACCACAUUUUGACUUUUUCUGCCACCAUCAACAAAUGGCAUCAGAUUUUUAAGUAUUAACAACACUAGCAUUGACAUUUUUGUAAUACACAUUUGUCUGGUUAUUGGGCCUGACUUGUCUAACAUCUAAGUUCAAGCUCUUCCAUCCUGCAGCAGUUUACUUUUUGUGUCCUGACUUGGUGUCCAGACCCAUGUGUAUUUCGGUGCUUUCUUUGCUGAACAUUGUAUUGUGUGUAUCUGCAGUUAAGCUAGACUGCUGCAGUCUGACAAAAUGAUUUUUACUCUGUAAAAGAGCCUGCGCCAAGGUGGCAUACAUUCCUCCUGUAGGGAACUUUGUACAGGCCUUAUUUACACUCAAUAUCUCCACAUGAACAGACAAGCCAGGGCUGAUUGUGCCAGCAGAGUCCUCUGCUUCCAAGGUGUCCACCAUAUCUUUUUUCACUUGCAUCAUUUAAGUUAACCUUCAUUUUGUGUGAUAACGGAACAACAAAGCAUUUACCCCAUGAAUUAAGGACAUUCAGAGCAUUGAACAGAACAGGGCAACGCUUUCUGUGGCUAAAGUACAAGUGGCUUCACUUUGAGUCGUAGUUUUUCAGUGGUGAAGUUCAUACUGUUAGUUUAGGAACUUAUUCAAGUACAUUUACUACAGACUUCUCGAAAUGGAAACCGCUGUGUUCUAGAAUGUCCACACAUUCCAUCCUCUGCUGUCGACAAAAAUGUGACACAACCAGAACUGACGAUAAACGUUCUACUGUCGUCACCCUGAAUGAAUUUAAACACAGAUGAGUUCUCAUUGGGCUUCCUCAGACCAGUUGACAGUGGUUUGGACUGUAUGUUUGGGGGCAGGUUCGGGGGGCGAGCCUUCAGGAGCUGAGCUCCUAAAAGGACGACCUGUGAGCAGCAGACGUUCAGCUGCCACUGAGCGUCUGCUGAAGGUCUCACAGCGAUGCCUCCCCCUCCUCUGUGGUUCAUUUGACCCCAAUUAAGAUUGGAGGUAGUUAGCAUCAUGUUAGAAAACACGAGGGAAUAGUGCUAGGUGUCCAGAGGGUUUGUUUUUCUAUUAUUAUUCUUUCUCAUUAUCAUUUCACUACCACCCUGUAGGUAGGAGGCUCUCUUUCUGUUUUGACACACACUCCCUACACACUGUAGGAAAAUCACUUAAUAAAAGACUUUUUUAUAAUAGGUAACUAUAAGACCAUCAUUACGCUGUGCGUAAGGAAUGUACAGAGAAAAAUCGUAGGUAUUUUUUGAGGAACAAUUAAUUUGUUAAUGAUAUGUAGCUAUUUAAUUGUUGUUUUUCCCUGUCCUUAUAUUGUAAUCAUUGCAUUUUCUCUUUUGUGAAAAAGUUGAUCUUUUUUGUUUAUAGAGUUUGUCUUGUUAAGAGUAAAGGUUCAAGUGCAGGAACACAGUAAAUGUAUGAAACCACAAUAAGCCACUGGUGUGUCCGUGACAAUCGCUACUUCCAUUGAUCCCCGUUGUUCUGGAAACAGUGAACUGGUGGUGUUGACCAUGUGACUUGUGAAUCAUCUGAACAAAGAGUUCACUCAUGAGCAAUAAGAGUCAGUCCUUCUAAAGGUCUCUUCAGAAAUUAGCAUGCGAUGUGAGAAAGGAUGUCGCCGCUGGCCCUGACUGUCUUACCAGCUAUUUCUGAAUAAUUUUCAUGAAGUUGUUGGGGAAAACACAUCCAUCAUGGGCUAGCAGGCAGGUACAAUCCCCACAAAAAAAAAAAAAAAGUCUCUUGAAUGGUUUUGGUUUUUAGAUGAGAAGUUACCCUUAAAACUUGAGCUAAAUCAGUAAAAAAAAAAAAAAAAAAUCCAAUCACUAAAGCUCAAGUGAUGUAGUUGUGACAUUCUGUUUGUACUUGUACACAUGUUGUGGUCAAAUACAUAUGUUUUUCUGUCAGUGAGGCUGAGAUGAUCAAAGUAGUACAUGAACAUCGGGGAUGUUUGCCUUUCAUGUCACAGUUCUCAUCUGCUGGGGCCAUUUUACUUCUAAUCAAGUAAAAACAACAUGAAAAAGUGCAGAAAAAUCAAAAGGAGUUGGUCCUUACCCUGACUGUACACGCGAUCCUUUUUGAAGUGGAAGUAGCAUGUACUUAGUGGUAGUAAUACUCUGAACUGUAAAACAUUUGUAUCAUGAAAACAACCGUUUGUGGCUCUGUGUCUCCUACUAAAAAGGUUUUGGCAGGCCACCUUUUUUGUACGUAAAGUAGCCUUGAUGAACAAUAAAGUGCUUUUAAACCACAGA